AUGCUUCUUACUACCGGUAUCACGGACUCGGAGCAAGUCUUGAACGUCAAUCUGGGCUAUACCGUCGUUUCCACCGUGGCAUCAUACCUCGGCGCAAGCCAGAUCGAAAGAAUGGGCCGUCGACCCACAAUUAUCUGGACAGCAGUCGCAUGUUCAAUCUGCUUCGCCUGCAUCACGAUCGGAUCUGGGCUCUUCGCACAUACCCACGCCAGUUCCGCCGCGUCUGCCGGAAUCGCCUUCAUUUUUGUCUUUGGAUUCUGCUACAAUUUUGGAAUGACGCCCUUGCAGGCGCUGUAUCCAGUUGAAGCACUUUCCUACGAGACACGAGGGAAGGGGGUUGGGCUGACCUUUUCCAUUGCUCAUGGCUUCACCCUUCUUAAUCAAUUCUGCUUUCCGGUCGCUUUGCAAAAGAUUGCGACUGUGAGUUAUUUUGUUUCGGUUGAGACGAAGAACCAUACUCUGGAGGAAUUAUCGGAGAUUUUUGAAAGUCCGAAUCCUGUCAAGGCUUCGCAACAAAAACCUGUGGCCGCAGGUCCGUGA